AUGUUCUCAUCUGUUCAUGUCGACAAGCGGCCGUUAUAUCUUCCCUUCCAAAACCAAUACUCUUUCUUUAAAAACAUUCUUUCUCCGCCAUAUUGUUUUUUCAAACUGCUCGCUUGCCUACCGGCUUUGCUCUUUAAGCGACCCACGUAUCUAAUACCUUUUCAUCGAUCUGUCCGUUCUUAUCUAUCUAUCUAUCUAUCUAUCUAUCUCAGUCUGUUUCUAUCUAUCUAUCUGUCUAUCUAUCUAUCUAUCUAUCUAUCUAUCUAUCUAUCUAUCUAUCUAUCUAUCUCAGUCUGUUUCUAUCUAUCUAUCUCAGGUUUAUUCUAUCUAACUAGCUAUCUUAGUCUGUUCCUAUCUAUCUAUCUUUCUAUCUAUCGAUAUAUCUAUCUUAGUCUUUUCUUAUCUAUCUUAGUCUUUUCUUAUCUUUCUAUCUUUCUAUCUAUCUAUCUAUCUAUCUAUCUAUCUAUCUCUAUCUACGUCUGUUUCUAUCUAUCUAUCUAUCUAUCUAUCUAUCUAUCUAUCUAUCUAUCUAUCUAUCUUAGUCUGUUCUUAUCUAUCUAUCUAUGUAUCUAUCUAUCUAUCUCAGUCUGUUUCUAUCUAUCUAUCUCAGGUUUAUUCUAUCUAACUAGCUAUCUUAGUCUGUUCCUAUCUAUCUAUCUUUCUAUCUAUCUAUAUAUCUAUCUUAUCUUUUCUUAUCUAUCUAUCUAUCUAUCUAUCUAUCUAUCUAUCUAUCUAUCUAUCUAUCUUAGUCUUUUCUCAUCUAUCUAUCUAUCUAUCUAUCUAUCUAUCUAUCUAUCUAUCUUAGUCUUUUCUUAUCUAUCUGUCUGUCUGUCUCAGUCUGUUUCUAUCUAUCUAUCUAUCUAUCUAUCUAAGUCUGUUCUUAUCUAUCUAUCUAUCUAUCUAUCUAUCUAUCUAUCUAUCUAUCUAAUUCUAUAA